AUGGCAGCUUCCUUUUUGUGAGGAUUUGCUAUGCUGGGAGUGAGCAUUUAAAGGCGGUGUUCAGCGGAAAGCCUGGUCUACAUCACGUUUUCGGAGCUCGUCCUACCUUUUACUUAAACUUUUGAAGCAGGAGAAGAUGGAGAAGAGCGGCAGCGUCGACAGUUUGGGCUCGAAACCCUCUUCCCGACAGCCGAGUGUUGAUUCAUUGUCCAGCACCUCCACCUCUCGCUCCGACCGCUCUGCCCAGGCCAAACCUCCGUCUGUUUUGUCCUCGGACUCCGUGUCGACAUCUGCAGAGUUUUCUCCUGAACUCCGGGUGAAGCCUAAAGCCACUGCAAAGAAGGCGCAUAGAGACUCAGAUAAAGAAGAACCACAGUUGCUUCCGAAUGAAACUGUGCAAGAUAUGGCACAUGACAUUACCUACUUCUGUCCUUUUACUGGCGCACUGAGAGGAACAGUGAUGGUCACCAACUACAGGCUUUUCUUUAAGUCCAUGGACAAGGAUCCGGCGUUUAUGCUGGAUUUGCCUCUCGGAGUUGUAAGUCGAGUGGAAAAAAUUGGAAAUAGUUCGACCCGUGUUGACUCGUCAUAUGGAGUAGUUUGCAAGGAUAUGCGCAUUCUGCGAUUUUCACACAAACAGCUGGAUGACACUCUCAAGAAGUCGAUUUUUGAAGUUUUGAUGAAAUUUGCAUUUCCUGUUUCCAACGGACUGCAAAUCUUUGCUUUUGAAUACGGGCAAGUUUUUCCUGAAAACGGAUGGAAGGUGUAUGACCCCAUAUCAGAGUAUAAAAGACAGGGUAUACCCAAUGAAAGCUGGAGGAUAACGAAGGUAAAUGACCACUUUGAGCUCUGUGACACAUACCCGUCCACUCUUGUGGUUCCGGUCAACAUACCAGACGAAGAGCUGAAGAGAGUGGCAGCUUUUAGAGCAAAAGGCAGAAUACCUGUGCUGUCAUGGAUCCACCCAGAGAGCCAGGCCACAGUGACGCGCUGCAGCCAGCCAAUGGUCGGAGUGAAUGGCAAGCGCAGCAAAGAGGAUGAGAAAUACCUGCAGGCGAUCAUGGAUGCUAAUGCUCAGUCCCAUAAGCUUUUCAUUUUUGAUGCCAGACCGAGCGUCAACGCCGCUGCCAACAAGAUGAAAGGCGGUGGAUUUGAAAGUGAGGACGCAUAUCAGAACGCUGAGCUCGUGUUCUUGGACAUCCACAACAUCCACGUCAUGCGGGAGUCGCUGCGCAAACUCAAAGAUUUAGUUUACCCCAAUAUCGAGGACUCCCAUUGGCUGUCCAACCUGGAGUCCACUCACUGGCUCGAACACAUCAAACUGAUUCUGGCCGGAGCGCUGAGGAUCGCCGACAAGGUGGAGUCCGGGAAAACGUCCGUGGUUGUGCACUGCAGCGACGGCUGGGACAGGACCACCCAGCUCACCUCUCUGUCCCUUCUCAUGCUGGACGGUUACUACAGAACCAUACGCGGCUUCGAAGUGCUGCUCGAGAAAGAGUGGCUGAGUUUUGGACAUCGCUUCCAGCUGCGUAUCGGUCACGGCGAUAAAAACCACAACGAUGCAGACCGCUCCCCUGUCUUUAUCCAGUUCAUUGACUGUGUGUGGCAAUUGACCCGACAGUUUCCUGCAGCUUUUGAGUUUAAUGAAUACUUCUUGGUAACGAUCCUGGAUCAUCUCUACAGCUGCCUGUUUGGGACAUUCCUGUGUAACAGUGAACAGCAAAGAUUGAAGGAAGAGAUUCCCAAGAGGACGGUCUCGGUGUGGUCCUACAUUAACAGCCAGCUAGAAGAGUUCACCAAUCCAAUGUAUGUAAACUACUCAAACCAGGUGCUGUUCCCCGUUGUCAGCCUGCGCCACCUGGAGCUUUGGUCUGGCUACUACAUCCGCUGGAACCCUCGCAUGAAACCGCAGGAACCUAUUCACCAGCGCCAUAAGGAGCUGCUGGCGAAGCGAGCCGAACUUCAGAAGAGGGUGAACGAACUACAGAGGGAGGUGACGAACCGCUCUGCUUCAUCGUCUUCGGAGAGGGCGGGCUCACCCACACGCUCCAUCACUCCUGUGCAAACCUUUGUUUGACACUCGAUGUCUUUAUGAAAGCAGUGUUUUUAUGCCUGGGAGAACAUUGGAAAACUAGGAAUCAGUGUCACACCUGGAUCCAAGAAGAGCCUGUGUGUCAAUCCGCCUCUUCAGGGGACGAAUACACAACCACCUCAAGUUUGGACAGGCAGAGAUGUGUGACUAUUUGUGUAGAGUGUGUUUACGUUGGAGAUGUCUGAUAUCACUGGACUGCAGCCAUAUAUAUAUAUAACACUAGUCCUGUGAGGUAGGAGGGCAUGUAAAAACAUAAAGAAGGAUUUUAAUGCCUGUUUACCCACCCACAAUCAGUGUUAGUUUUUACACUAGUUAUCAUUCGGGUUACAUUUUUUAUGCCUUAUGCGUCAUAGGAACACUCACUCCUCUCCACUACUUCGUGCAUAGCAGCACAAUUUGUGAAACAAUUUGUGUUGCAAAAAAACUGAAGAAAACCCAACAGCCUUUGAGUUUCUACAUAUUUGUUUCAACCAAUAACUAAAAAAGAAAUGAUUGUCAUUUUUAACACUUGAUUUGUCUUCAUAAAUCAAUCCUGUUAGACUGUUGUGACCAAAUAUCUGUUUUUAUUUGAGAAGGGAUACUUUGUAUAACAUUCCUUUUACUGAGCAAUUCACCUUUUUUAAGUUUAAUUUCUUUAGGAAGCUAACAUUUAUUAUCCUGUAGUACGGACUCGUUAUGAACUGUAAACAUUCUCUUAGUCUCAUAAUCAAAUUUUUUGGGUGAUAUCAGUAAGUUGCAAAGGAUAUGCUAUUUGGUUUGGUUAUUAAAUGUAUUGUAAUAAUUAGAAUCUGUGCCUUUCACAUAAAUAAUCAAGAGUAAAAACUCAAAUGUGCACAAUGAUGAUAAAAACACUCGCAUGAAACACUAAUCAGCCUCAUGAUGUUUUUCUCAUAUGUAAGCUGUUGAAAUGUUUGGUAACUUCCCUAAUAGCACUAGCAGUAAUGAUCUCUAGUUUAUGAAAAGUGCCUUUCCUGGUAAAAAAAACAAAAACAAAAAAAAAACAAAAACAAAGAAAGGUUGACUCUAUUGGUGGGAACUCUUACAUUGUUAUGUUUCUACAUUGCAGCUUUUAAAUAUCCAAUACCCACUAACAAACUAAUUGUUCUUGGAUUGUUAUUCCACUACAUCUUUCUCUGUACAUCUCUGUCACUGAUAAUGCUUUACUGUUCCUUUAAAAUGUAGAACUAUUAGUCAUAAGCUACCACACCUUUCCUUAUACUGUGCUUACUGCCUUUAUUCAUUCAUUUCCUGCAUUGUCAAGUGUACUGUUAGAUGUCAAACCAUAUUAAACUAUUUAA